CUGUUUGGAAGUGUUAAGAUACACAACUGAAAAUCUAGAUGAGUUCUGUGUCCUGUUGCGCGUCUCAAGUGUCAUUCUCACGUCUUGAGGACUUCAAAUCUUUAGCAAAGAAGCGUCUACCUAGCGACGUGUGGGAAUACUACAGUUUUCCAUCGUGUAAUGGCUUCACAAUUCAGGAAAAUGAGCGGGCUUUUCAGAGGUACAGAUUGCUGCCACGUGUCCUUCGUGAUGUGUCCAGAGUGGACACUACAGCCACCGUCCUGGGCAGCCAACUGGACAUGCCUGUAGCCAUCGCACCGACUGCCCACCACUCACUCGCACAUCCUGAUGGCGAAAAAGCAACAGCAACAGGUGCAGCGUCUGCCAACUCAGCCUUUGUGCUCAGCUCUUUCGCCAACUGUUCCAUGGAGGACAUUGCCCAGACCGCGCCGCAUGGCGUCAGGUGGUUCUACCUGAUUCUGCAGAACGAUCCCGACCGUACCAGAGAACUACUCCAGCGAGCGGAGAGAGCGGGCUUCACCGCGAUCUGGCUAACGGUGGACCAGCCGCGAUUCCAGUUCCAACAUCGUCCAGAAAGUGAGAUGAAGUCAGCAGAAGGUGUGAGGCUUCCUAACCUGACGUUUGACGAUGCUCCCGGUGACGCUCGCUCCCCGGAGUUUACCGCGUACUUGAGGGACAACGUGAAGCAGCCAAUCACGUGGGACGAUGUGGUCUGGUUGAGGAAGAAUACGUCGCUCAAAAUUGUACUGAAAGGAAUUCUAUCAGCUGAAGAUGCAAAGGAAGCUGUCAAAGUUGGUGUUGACGGUAUCUGUGUGUCCAACCAUGGAGGCAGACAACUGGACGGAGUACCAGCUUCUAUUGAUGCACUACCAGACAUUGUGCGUGCGGUUGGCGGUAAGGUGGAGGUUUACGUGGACGGAGGUGUCCGGACUGGGACAGAUGUGCUGAAGGCCUUGGCGCUGGGGGCUCGAUGUGUGUUCAUUGGUCGGCCUGUUCUCUGGGGACUUGCAGCUAACGGUGCAGAAGGGGUCCACCAAGUUCUACAACUGUUCAAAGAACAGCUCAAUCUGGCUAUGGCACAGGCAGGCUGUUCGCAGCUGUCUGACAUUAAACCUUCACUGGUCAUACAUGAGUCGUACUACCUACAUGGCCGUCACUGGAACACUGGAACACUCAACGAUUAACCAUCGGAAGAACUAAGAUUCCAUGUAACAUCAUCCCCAUGUUAGUGGCCCUAUUUCAGAGAACUAUAAUUCAAGCGUAAUUAUCAUAGCCAGCCGACAUCGACCAAUCAGAAGGCUCCAUUUCCCAUUGGUUAUCAGGCCAUAACCUCAAAAGUG